CGCUAAUCGAUUGUAGAUUGCGGGUGGCCGGGGACCUUGGCCUGUGCCCCCAGUACUGCGCCCGCCCUGAUUGCCAGAUUUUGCGACGCGAACAUACCAACCUCACCAUUAUUCCGAGCUGUACCUGACACUCCCACACAACCUUCGACAACUCAACAACCUCGACCACCACGACUACGACUAACAUACAGCAUACAGCGACAGCGAUACAACCAGCGAUUUCUAUAGACCUACUACAUCCAUUGCGCAACAACCUCCACGACUGAACGACUCCGUUGCGGCUGCCUGCGCCAUUCGAAUUUACCCACCAAACAACCACCAUCAUCGAUCGCGUUGAACACCCACAGAGCCAGCAAACGCGCGACAAUUACCUCACAGACACGAUAAUCCGAAUCAGCAAACAUCAAUUGUGCACAUAACCUUGAUCUUACGCCUUCCGAACCCCCGCCUUGUUCGCUUUCCGUCAUGAAUCUCAACACUCGAUCGCGAUUGUGAACGUCAUUGCCAUAGUUCGGAAUUUUGUGGACCAACAGACCACGGACAGGAACAACAAAUUACUACUGAAAGGAGGAGGAGCGGCUUAGACCGAAUAGGUCCGCAAGAUGUUACAGCUGAAGCCACGACAGGUGGUGGAGGAGGCUGUGGAGAACUGGGACGAUGACGACUUGGACAUUGGAGGAGACGACUUUACAUUCCCGAGCAGGACCGUGUCCAUAGCGACAAGUGCCGGUCUAUCACACCACCGAGAGUCUAUUUCAUCGCGUCUUUCCAUUCGCUCCGACUUUGACUCGAAUUUCGGAGACGAGGAACGUCAGGUGCAGGUACCCGGCGACGACGAGAGGUCCAGACACGAUGCUAUUGCAGCAGCAACUAGGGCUGGCAUCCCACUGCCACAGAAUGUUCCGGCGUCAGCACUUAUGGGAGGGACGAUAAAGCGCUUAGGCGGAAAGAAGGUGAAGAAGGUCAUACAGCAGGACGACUGGGACGACGAUCUUGAGCUACCAUCCAUUGGAGGAAAGGGAUUCCAGAUCAAGAAGCACGAUCCGAGCGAGUUCCCUGAUGCUCUACGACAGGUCAGCGGCCAGUCCGGCUCGGCGACAAACGAGUUCAGCAGCCCUGAGUUUUCCAAGUUUGACGAAUUCGACAAAUACGCUACCAUCAGGCCAAAGACUAACUCUGGCCACCUCAACCUGGACCAAUUCCGAGAUGGAGACGAUGAUGAUGAUUUCUUUGGUGGGGGAGGUGGCACUAUCAAAGUCACGAAGAAGCGCCUGGUGAAACCCGUCACGGUCGUUGUUCCACCCACUCCGGUGAAACCGGGGUCCAAAGAAGAUGAUGAUUUCGAGAGCGACUUCCAAUUACCAUCCGACGGCAAACCACUGAGACUAUCUAUCGGAAAGGAUAUCCCCAAAACUCCGGCAAGCUCACAAGACGAGUUUGACGAGUGGGGUGAGGGAAGCCUCGGAACGAGAUUUGGAGGAACCCGGAGAUCCGAUGGUCGGUCAAAUAGAAGCUCUUCCGCUUCCGCCCUCAGCCCAAGUGUGUCCAGCUCUAUUACAAUUGAGAGCGAGGAUGAAGGCCUCGAUGGACUUGUUCUUCCAACCGGCCCAUUUAACUUCGAGGAUAUCCUGAAGAAGCGCCAAGAAACUCAAUCACCCGAACACCAGGAGGCCCAAACCCCAGCCGCAAAGCCUGAAUCAACCAGACCAGCUGCAGCUCGUCUUUCAUCGAAAGAUGACUUCCUCUUUGGCCUUGAAAUUGGCGAUGGCGAUGUCUUCAAUUCGGGCCGUUUGACCCAUAACCGCAAUGUGAAGGUCAAGACAAGCCGACCAAUGAGCCCGCAACGACCAAAGACGGCAGUUUCGUUGAAAUUCACAGAUAAACCAUCACCACCCGUGGGCUCCUCCUCAAGGCUUCCCCGACCCCUCGGCCAUGAGAGACAUGCUUCUAAUCUCGAUCCCGUUUCGGAGAGUGGAGGUCCCAUGUCGGCUCAGGUUAAACGAACACAUUCCAGGCUGGGUCAUUCUUCGCAGUCUUCCGUUAGCAGCAUACCAACACCCGCCACCCCCACCUCUGUACAAUCUCUGCCACCAUUAACACCACGCCGACGUGAUCUCACACAGAAGCCAUCGCUCAAUGCCCUGCGCAAUGAACCAACGACGACCAAUGCUCAACUUCUCAAGUUGAAGAGGUCGAUGCCUAUUAUAAGACACACCAACUCACCCGCAAAACCCGCGAUACAUCGUUACGACAGACCCCCUUCCCGAACCGACUCAAACAGUAGACCGAAUUCAAUUAUUAGGCCCAAGACUCCAGUUGACCGGGAUCGAUCGGGCGCGGAUAGCAGCAUGUCUCAUGCGAGGCGAAACCCAGUUCCGUUCCUACCAGCUGGGAACUCGACCGCACAGUCUCAUCAUGUUACAAUCAAAACUUCCCGCCACUUCCGUCAAAAUGACUCGACUUCCUCGAUUACUAGUGACUACAGGUCGUCGUCUCGUGCCAUGUCUCGAACAACAGUAAGAUCUCCGAGUCCAAAUCGCGCUCGGCUAAGAAACCCUGAGGCAUUGGCUCGGGAAGCCGCCUCAAAGAGACAAGUUACGAAGCCUAGCAAGCAACGUCACUUCGGUGAUGGGCGUGAGUUGGAUGGGUUUGAUGAUCUGCCUACAUCUCAGACUAUUGAGCAGAAGUACAUUAAACAACCUAUCGGCCGAGGACCACCAAAAGCUCUCAUGCGGAACAAGGUUUAUCAGAACACCAUUCCUGAUAGGAGUGUCUCGACGACGCCUCUGCCUGGUCCAUACUCGCCCGCGAGAUAUGAGAACAACCGUUAUGAGAACCUGCCGAGAUACACACGAGACACAAAUGCGAGUCGCAUGGCUAGAGAGCAGGUACUGUCUCAGCGCGCACCAUCGUCGCAGGGUGGUCCUUUGUCUACCCUAACGAACCAAUGGAAGGCUCAAAUUGCAGCGAAGUCAAACCUCCAGGCCACCCGCCCGCCGCAAUCACUUCGAACAAAGAAGAGCAAGCCGGUGCAGCAGAGACCUCACCUCAUCAAGCCACUCAGCGACACCAGCAAAACCACAAAAUCCGUCAAAGGAAUGACCUACAACCCCACAACCUACCUCUGGGAAGGCAACGAAAACGACCUCUCCCCCUUCGACGCCCCCAUCGACUCCCCCACCCCCUCCACCAUCCCCCCACACCUCUUCCGCGAAAAAGAAUCCUCCACCCCACGCCCGGCACUCAUCACAAACAUCAACGCCUCCCAAGGCGUCCAAGUCGUCGGCGGCAUGGUCUUCGACCCGCAACGCAUGUGCUGGCUCAAAGUCCCGCACCAAAAACGCGGGAAAUCCCUCUCCCGCAACGCCUCGGAGGGGGGGGACACAAUGGAUGGCUUUGACGCCCUCGAUGACGAGGAAGAGGAUGUCUUCAAAGACGUCCCGGAUCUGGAAGAUAAACCCUCCGCUUCCUCGCCCAGCAGGGACGCGCAUGAGUCCGGCGCAGGAGGCAGGUCGCGCAAGAGCGGCGGCACGGAUGGUGGUGGGCUCAAGGACGACUGGCUCGUUGGGGAGGAAUUCGAUGUUGGUCCUGAGUUUGUGCGACGACAGCGAGAGGAGGAGGAGAGAUGGAAGAGGAAGGUUGAGAAGUGGAUUGGCAAGGACCGCGAGGUCGUGGAUCGGGAGAGUAAUUGGCGCUGGCGCAUUAGGGAUGUGGUGAACCAGUUGUAAGAGAUGAGUGAUGAUGAUGAGCUUCUGCUGAGUGCGGAGGCGGUUUGGAUAUGGAUAUGAUAGAAUAGGGCUGGGCUGCAGAGCUCGGGGCGGGGGGGUAUGUGGCAUUUUUGCUGUGUGCGUAUGCUUGGUUGUUGCUUGUUGGAUGCUUUUUUUGCUUGGGAUGAAUAUGGG